AUGUUUGAUUCCAAGUGGGAAGUUCGCCACGGCGCUCUCUUAUCGUUACGGCAGAUUCUUCUAUCCGCUCACUUCACAGCUGCUGUCGAAGCUGUUCGUCCAGUGGCGGACAACAUCAUGCAGCGAAGUUUCGUUGAUAAGUGGCUGGAAGAGUGUUUGAUACGAUGCAUCUGUGUACUUGCCUUGGAUCAGUUUGUGGACUACUCGGCGGAUGGGUCGGUUUCUCCUGUACGCGAGGUUUGCGCGCAGGUUUUCGGUAUUUUGCUUGGUAGUCUCUCGAGCGAAGCGACUCUGGUGGGGUAUUUGCAAGUUGUGCGGACGCUGUUCAGUGGAUCAACGUGGCAGGCUUGUCAUGGUGGGCUCUUAGGACUGAAAUAUCUGGUCCAAGCUCAUAAGAAGCAUGCGCAAGUGCUGAUUCCGCUCUUUUAUGAUGAUGUUGUGACGGCAUUCUCCCAUUCCGAUUCAGAAGAGGACGUGCUCGUCCUGGCCGCUGACAUACUUCGAGAUUUCGUUUCGUUCUUGGAUCGUGUUGAGCGUGUGAAGAUUGCGAGUGCUGCUGAAAUGUUGUGGGGUUCCUUGGAGCGUCACGAAAAAGCUGGGAUGGUUACCUCAAGCAUUGUCCGAGCACUAAGCUCUUGGCACAGUCACCCAAGAGUUUCAGAACGUUUGCAGAGUAAUAUUGGAGUUCAGACAGCUCUUUGGCAGAACUUAUCGCGUACAGUUCCAAUUCUUCAUCACCAUGCGCAAUCUGUCCGAGCAUCCAGUGCAACCUGCGUGGCAGCCAUUUUUUCGGGCGAAUCUUCGUCUUCAAAGUCGAAUCCAACCCACUUUGCUCAAGUGUUUCUACCGCAUUUACUACUUCAAGUACUUCUUGAGAAGGAGCAGGCGGUUCAACGAAGCUUACUAUCUGCGUGGAAACAAGUGGUCAGUAGGCUGUCGAAAGAAGAGCUACUAGUGCCUGUUGUUGCUGAACAAGUACCAAAGUGGAUGGAGUUACUGUGGUCGACGGAUGAGAUCAGCUGUUUAAACAACCUGUCCUCACGAGUAGUGUUUGCCGAGGCUGUUGGGUUUGCUGUUGCCCACGUUCCUCUUUCCAGUGCGUGCAUGACGCAGUCGGUUCAGUUAGUCCGCGAUGGCUUAAGCAGCAGCUCUGGAGAGCGUCAAUGUGGAGUGCUGCUUGCAUUGGCAAAAUGGGGCUACUAUGAGAAGCAUUUAAAUGCCGAAAACCCGCAAGAACAGUCACGACGAAUGCAGCAUUUACAAGACGCAAUUGGACCUUCUCUCGGGUCGUUUGCGGAGAAUCAGUGGAGGGCGGUUCAGCCUGAUGUAGCAGCAGAAUUCUACAUCGAGCAGCAUGGCUCAUUGAAACGAGUCGUGCAGAUGGAAGCUCGAAUUAUCGACAUCUUUUCGUCGGCAGGGAUCUCGCUUCAGUCAUCAGAAAGACCAGCCUCGGCGUCAGCAGCAGACAUUUCACGACAAAUCGCUGAACACAUCGCUCUGUUCCCCUACGAGGCCUUGCAAAGUUACCCGAACGAGUUUGAACUGGCACAUUUCAAGCGACAAGACGUGUUUUUGGUGGACGAACUGGUUCAACAAAGCUUCUCUCGCUUUUAUCACCGAAUACAAGGUCUGGGCAGUAGUGCGUACUGUGAAAUAGUCCCGAUUCCUACAAAGAGCGGCUUCUUGGUCAAAGCGCUGAUGAACUCGAUCAAGGAGGAAGACGAAUUUGCAUUCCGAACUAUUUCUUCGCAGACGAUUGCGGGCUUUGUGGUGGAUCAAGCACGCACUCAAAAGAAAUGUGUCGCAAAGAUCAUCUCCAAUCUCUGUAACAGUGCUGCAGCGUUGAAGACAAAAGUCCGAGUUGCUGGCGCGGAGGCAGCGUUGAGUGCGAUUUGCAAGCGCGCUGGAGAUUGUUUAUUUGAAACGUGUCAUGCGUUGGAGGAUGCCAUUUCCAAGGCCUGGAUGCAGCAAAAUACCGACGAGUUUACUAUCCAACGAAGCAUGCACUUAAUCACGCUGGUGGUGCCGCAUAUUACGAGUGGUGCGAUGAGGACCUGUUUAUCUUGGCUAGAUCGAAUGGCGCAAUUGAUGCAGCAGACUUGUGAAGACCAUCAAACGCGACGUAUGGUGGCUCAAGCUGUUGCAACUAUCUGCAAGAACGCUGAAGACCAACAUCGCGAGCAUGCGAUGCUCGUUGUAUACAACUCGAUCUUUGUGGCAUUUUCCAACCCUGGCACUGCGAAGACUGAAGCGCUUGAAGCUGCUGUGAUGGUGUUGGAUCGUAUCGUUCACACGCUUGGAGCUGACUUGACGCCAUACAUACCAAGUCUCGUUCAUUACGCGAUGAAGACCAUGAGCUCGCAGUCUAAACUUGUUCGCACUUUUGCUGCGGGGGUAUUUGCCGACUUGGUUCCCUUGAUUCCGCUUCAAAUGGAUCUCGAGCUUAGUGCUUCGGCCCGGUCGCUUCCUGGUUCGCUGAGAACAAUUGUGGAGGAAAACGCUGUUUCACGCAGUUUUCUCGAGAGUUUCACGGCUGGGAAGGCUGUUCAGCAUACCGAUGUGAAGUCUUGGUUAGCUCCUGAGACGUCAUUGCGCUUGUAUCAACAGCACGGAGUGGACUGGCUCAGCUUUAUGGCCAAGAACAAUCUCCACGGAAUUCUUGCGGAUGAUAUGGGUCUUGGUAAAACACUACAGACGCUAUCUGCUAUGGCAGCCACGUUAGGAACGACAGAUGCCGCCACGCCUUGCAUUAUUGUUUGUCCACCCAUCAUCGUUCAUCACUGGAUUCACGAGGUCAAGAAGUACAUUCCUGGCGUCUUUCAUUCCGUCGUCGAUUAUUCACUGCCAGCGAGUGAUCGGAAGCGUUUACGUCGCAGGAAUGGUAUCUCGAUAUCGUAUCAUGGUCCGACGUUGCUCGUGACGACUUACUCGAUUCUGCGUACUGAUAUUGAGUACUUACGAGCAGCGGACUUUGCGUAUGUGGUGCUUGACGAGGCGCAUUUGAUUCGAAACCCAUCCACGGGACUAUUUCGUGCGGUGUUAGAGCUUCACGCAUCGCAUCGUGUCGCCUUAAGCGGAACUCCGUUGCAGAAUAAUGUUAGCGAUUUGUGGGCUUUGUUCGAGUUCUUGAUGCCAGGAUACUUGGGCGACUUCGCUGUGUUUCGCCGCGAGUUUGUCCUCCCGAUAACUAAGUCGAAAGAACGAAAUGCCACGACGAAGCAGAAGGAGCAGGCAGCGAUCGCAAUCUCGAAAUUACACCAGAAGGUUCUACCAUUUAUUCUUCGGCGAACGAAAGACCAGGUGCUGGAAGAGCUACCCCCGAAAAUCAUCUCCAAUGUGCUGCUACCUCUUUCUCCGCUGCAGAGACGGCUUUAUGCGCUGGCGUCGUCGACAGAAGAUGAACACGUGCACUCAGAGCGAUCUACUCGAGCCACGAAGAAGCAAGAAACGCGUGUGGAUACACAACCAUUGACCAACGUGCUGACAAAUCUCCAACUACUUCGCAAGAUAUGCGUACACCCAGCGCUGGUUGCUGACGACGCAGUUACUCGAGGUCUGACUCUAAAGGAGAAGAGAGCGCUUGUGGACUGGAAGAGCUCGGGAAAGAUGACGGGAUUGCACGAUCUCUUGGUAGAGUGCUGCGACUUUGCGGCACGGGAUCAGAGCUCCGCGUCUGGUGAUGACGAUACCAGCUUCUCUCCUCAUCGGUGUCUGGUGUUCGCUCAUCUGCAGAAGACUCUGGAUCUCACGGAGCAAAUGUUGGAAAACGCGUUGCCUGGCGUGACAUAUCGUCGUCUGGAUGGUCGAACUCCACACACGAAGCGUGCCGAUAUUGUGCAGCAGUUCAAUGCUGAUCCUUCGAUCGACGUGUUGCUGUUGACUACAUCCGUUGGAGGCCUAGGACUCACACUCACUGGCGCCGACACUGUCAUCUUCCUUGAGCACUCGUGGAACCCCUUUGUCGAUCUGCAGGCAAUGGAUCGAGCACAUCGCAUUGGGCAGAAGCGUACAGUCCGCGUGUUCAGGCUUAUCAUGGAGAGAUCUCUUGAGGAACAUAUCGUAAACCUCCAGGAGUUCAAAGAGCAAGUUGCGGCUACGGUGGUGCAGAAGAGUGAUGCUCGAAGCAGCAUGAACACGAACACGAAGGGGGUGCUGAACUUACUACAAGCAUCAUCAUCCGCAGUGGCUGCGAAGGAGCUUCGACCAUCAGUUGCUGCAAAAAAGAAUGGCGAGGAUGAUCAGCACGUUGCAGCUGCACUGCCACAGGGAGCUCAAGAACUGCUCGACCAGAUUGGUGAGCUGUGGGACGAAUCUCAAUAUGAAUCCUUAGCGUUUCCCGAAGACGAGUGA